AUGCCGCCCAUAAAACGACACGAAUGGCUCUGCCUACGAGCUUUGAAACCUCGCCAACGCCGCUUCUAUGCAACAGCAUCAGAAAGCUCCCCACCAGAACAAACACCAACCGACUCCAACGCACCACCACUCUCCCACACAGAACCCCCCACAACCCCUCCCUCCCAACCCAAAGCCGACCGCAUCCGCGCCUACCUCGAAGAACAAGACACCCUCGCCCUCACCCACCUCAAAGCCAAACUCCAAAAAGUCCACCAAACCGCCACCCAAUCCCAAACCCUCCUCCUCCACCUCCGCCAGUCCAGCUCCACAACCACGCUCCUGCCCGGCAAAAUCCCACCCUACACCUCCCGUCUCCGCACGACCUCGCCGGAGGAAAUCCGCUCCGCCACCGCACACCUGCACGCCGUGACCGAGAACAUCCUCGCGAACAUCUGGGAUCUGGAGAAUAUCCGGUAUCCGCACGAGCGGGGGCCGUCGGCGGGGCAGAGGUAUUCUGCGGAGAUGAAGGGCUUGGUGGGACGGGGCGUGGCGAGGGAGGUUGAGGCGGAGAGGAUGGAGAUGAGGAAUCGGGUGGAUGUGUACAGGAAGAGGUAUGCGCAGAAGGUGGAGGGGUUGAGGGGAAUUGUGGAUGAUAUGAGGAGGGGCAUGGGGUUGAGUGCGACGAGGAGGAGUGGGCGUGGGAUGGGGGCUGUGGUCGGGGUGGAGAGGGUGGAGGAGGGGGCGGUGAGGAAUCCUUUUGGGAGGGGGGGGGGGGUUAGGGAGGAUAUUGCGGCUGUUGGUGACGAAGAGGUGCCUGAGGUUGGGACAGCAAAAGUGGAGGCCGAGGCUGAGGCAGUCAACCGAACCAUCACGUACGAACCUACAACAGCAGAAGCCAUCUCCACCGACACAAUCGGCACCACCAAAAUCGAAGCCGAAGCCUCAACCUUAGAAACCAACCCUGAAUCCUCCCUCUCAACACCCAACCCACCCCCAUCCCCACCCUCCCAAACAACCUACUCCCCCCUGCACAUAACCUACACCCCCUCCGGCCCCCCAACAGAACCCGAAGCAGCGACCCUCUACGCCGUGCAAAAAGCCGCCACCUCCAACAACAGAAAACCUCGUUCCUCCUCACCCCCAACCAAAACCCCUCCGCCCCUCAAAUUCGUAAGCCCCAAAGCGAACCUCAGUCCCACGGAAAGGAUGAACCAGCUCCUGUCGAAUCUUCAGGCUGAUGCGGCGCUGAAGAGGGGGGAGGUUGUUGUUGGUGGGGUGGGGGUUGAUGGGGAUGAGAAGGUGGGGGAGAGGGAGAAGGGUACUGUGACGGAGGAGAAGAGGGAUGUGGAUGAGAGGAGGGGGAAUCCUUUUGCGCGGUGA